AUGGUAUUUUUUAUUUCAACACUGGAAGAAUAUUUUUCAUUUCUCGAUAAAAUCGAAUUAAAUACUUUAUUUUAUACGUUACUGGGACUUACAUGGAUUAUUUCUCUUUGGGAACAUUAUCUUUCAUAUCGACAAUAUCAAAAUUAUAAACGCAAUCGAAAUGUUCCAAGUGAAUUAGCUGAUGUAAUGACAGAAGAAGAGUUGAAUAAAGCUCGUUCAUAUGCUCAAGAUAAAAUGCGUUAUAAUGAAAUCCAUUCAAUAUUUAAUGAAGUUGAAACAACGACAUUAUUAUUAAUUGGUGCACUUCCAUGGUUAUGGAAAAAAUCUGGCAAUAUAUUAGCAAAAUAUGAUUAUAAUAAUCAUGAAAUAUUACAAUCAAUCGUAUUUAUUCUUAUUAUGAUGAUCUAUUCAACAAUUUCAAGUAUUCCAUGGUCUUAUUAUUAUCAUUUUAUACUCGAAGAAAAACAUGGAUUCAAUAAACAAACAAUUGGUUUCUUUAUUAAAGAUAAUAUCAAAAAAUUACUGGUUACACUUGUUUUAACAUUACCAAUUGCUUCACUUUUAAUUAAAAUUAUUCAAAUAGGUGGUGACUAUUUUUUUAUUUACGCAUGGCUUUUCAUUACCAUUAUGUCAUUGGGUAUUGCGUUUAUCUAUCCAAAUUAUAUCGCACCACUAUUUGAUCGUUAUGAUCCUUUACGUGAAGGUGAAUUACGUGCAAGCAUCGAAAAAUUAGCAGCAAAAAUCAAUUUUCCACUUGCUAAAAUUUACGUCGUUGAAGGUUCCGCUCGAUCGGCUCAUUCCAACGCAUAUUUUUAUGGAUUUUUGAAAGCCAAACGAAUUGUUCUUUAUGAUACACUUAUAAAAGGUUAUACUAUCAGUAAAACUGAUGAUAAUAAGGAUAAAGAAAAUACAACUAAUGAAGUAACUGAAAAAUUAUCAGAAGAAGAAACUACAUUAACUCAUCGUCGAACAACUGAUGAGAAAAUCGAUAAAGAAAAUAAUGAUCCACAAGCAACAAAAAAGAAAGCCGAUAAAGGUUGUGAAUCUGAUGAAGUUCUUGCUGUAUUAUGUCAUGAAUUUGGACAUUGGUACCUUAGUCAUAAUCUUAUUAAUAUGUGUAUUUCAUUCCUUAACUUAUUUUUGGUAUUUGCUAUAUUUGCUGCACUUUUCAAACGUACAGUUCUUUAUCAAGCAUUUGGUUUCACUAAAACACGACCAAUUUUAAUGGGUUUAUUAAUUAUCUUUCAAUAUGUCUUAUCACCUUAUUUUGAAGUCUUCUCAUUUGCAUUAACAGCAUUAUCACGUCGUUUUGAAUUUCAAGCUGAUAAUUUCGCUGUUAAACUUCAUCAUGGUGAACCAUUAGGACGUGCUUUAAAGAAACUCGAAAUUGAUAAUAUGACAUAUCCAUUUUCGGAUUAUCUUUACGCAAAAUAUCAUUAUUCACAUCCUACAUUACUCGAACGUCUUAAAGCAAUAAAAUCAAAACAAAAUUAG